AUUAAUAAUGAAUUUCUUUAGGUCCCAAACAAUGGGCUACUAUAAAUUGAUCAUUCCAAGAGAGAGUGCUUGGAAUGUCAUGAAUGAAUUAGCAGAGUUAGAUUGCAUUCAUUUUGUUGAUUAUGAUCCAACAUUGCCUAUGAUCAAUAGACCAUUUGCUAAUUAUAUAAAGCGUUGCGAUGACUUGCUUGUUAAAUUAUCACUCAUUGAGCAUGAAAUGAAGAAAUACUUAAAGAAGAUUACGCAUUGCAAAGAUGUCAAUUUAUUAAUCAAGAACUUUAAGUAAUUAAUCAAAGAAAGGUAUGCUAUACUAUAAAUACAUAAGGUCUAAAGCUAGUCACACAUAUUUAGAUGAGAUUGAAAAUGAUUUAGAAAAAAAACAUCAAUAACUUAUCGAGCAAAGCACAAAUAUGGAAAAUCUCCAUGAACGCAGAAAUAAACUGAUUGAACAUAAAUCUGUUUUGCUAAAAGGAGAGGCAUUGCUAGGAUAAUCAUUUUUCUAACCGUAACAUAUUUCUAUAAUAAAUAAUGUAGAGCUAACUAUGUAGCUGAAGGAUAUGUAAAUUUGUAAGGAAAAGAAUUGGACGACAUCAAAGUAUUACAAGGAUCUGUUAAAUUUAAUUAUUUAGUUGGAGUCAUCAAUAAGGAAGAUUAGAUUAGAUUUAAAAGAAUCAUUUUUCGUAUUACUAAAGGUAAUGCUUGGAUGAACACUAUGGAUAUCGAAAGUGAUUAAAUUGUUGAUACAAAAAAUGUAAUUUUAAAAAAUAAUUAAAUAAGGAUGAUGCUAAAAUUAUUAAAAGUGUCUUUGUAGUAGUCUAUCCUGGUGGAGGAGGUUCUAAUAUUAUCACUAACAAACUCAAUAAAAUUUGUGAAUCAUUUUAGGUUGCCAAAUAUACAUUCCCUGAAAACAACAUGAUUUUUUAGGAAAAAUUAAGAUAAAUUGAAACUGAAUUAGUUGAAACAAGAAAUGUAAAUUUGAAUAGUAAUCAUAAUAGUUAUUGGAAAUGACAAAAAAUCAAGUAGAAGCUUAUCUAGAUGAUUUUUAAAGAAUUUAUUAAAAUUCUAAUUGUUCAUAAAUAGAAGAAUUAAAAUUAUUUUUGAUUAAAGAGAAAUAUCUUUAUACUUAAUUAAAUUACCUUAGAGUUUAAGGAAGUGUGCUUUAUGGUUCAAUUUGGUUACCUCAAGGGGCUGAUAUCAAAGUUGAUUAGGCGUUGAGAGAGGUUUAAACAACUUAUGAAGGUUUACCAACAGGAUAAUUAUAAAUAUCACCACCAGAAGGUACAAGACCACCUCCUACUUUUUUUGAAACAAACUAGGUUACUUGGGGAUUUUAGGAAAUUGUUAAUACUUAUGGUAUGCCAAGAUAUAAGGAAAUAAAUCCUGGAUUAUUUACAGUUAUGACAUUUCCAUUUUUAUUUGGUGUAAUGUUUGCAGAUAUUGGACAUGGGUAUAAAUUUAUAUAAUUAUAUCUAGAUUUUGUUUAUUAUUAUUAGGGUUAUAUUUAUGUGUGUUCAAUAAAGAUAUCAAAGAGUCUGAUUCUAUAUUGAAACAUGCUCUAAUUGUUAGACAUAUGUUAUUAAUGAUGGGAGUUUGGGCAUUUUAUAAUGGAUGGAUUUAUAAUGAUUUCAUGUCAGUUCCAAUAAAUUUAUUUGGGUCCUGCUAUUAUCAGGAUGAUGAAGGUGAUGAAACGAUAUGGGCAAGAAAAGAAGAUUGUGUGUAUCCAUUUGGUAUAGAUCCAGUUUGGUUAUGCGUACCAAAUGAAUUAACAUUUAUGAAUUCAUAUAAGAUGAAAUUGGCUGUUAUAAUAGGUGUUAUUCAUAUGAUGUUUGGUAUUAUCUUAAAAGGAGUAAAUGCAAUAUACUUUAAAAAUUGGGUAGAUUUCAUUUUUGAAUUCAUUCCUCAAAUAAUAUUCUUUACUUGUACAUUUGGUUAUAUGGACUUUUUGAUUCUAUAUAAAUGGUCUGAAAACUGGGAUAAUAGGACUUAAGAUGCUCCAAGUAUUAUCACAUUAAUGAUUAAUAUGAUUCUAAGUCCAGGAAAUGUCGAUUAACCAUUAUGGGGAACUAAAGAGGAUUCUUCAGAAGGUUAAGUUUAAACAGCUAUGUUAUUAAUUGCAUUAAUUUGUGUUCCAAUUAUUCUUUUACCAAAACCACUUAUACUAAAUUGUGAAAAUAAAAAAAAACAUGCUCACAGCUCAAGCAAUUUAUCUGAGAAUAUGAAUAAGGAUCUUUACUAAAAAAUUAAUGAGGUAGAAUUUUAUUUAAUAUUGUUUUUAAGGAAUCUGAAGGCACAUAACAAAAUUCAGAAAUCCAAGCUGAAUCUUCUGGUGGUGGACAUCACGAAGAAUUUGGUGAUAUAUUUGUACAUCAAGUAAUUGAAACUAUCGAAUUUGUGUUGGGAUCUAUUUCUAAUACAGCUUCAUAUUUGAGAUUAUGGGCUUUAUCUUUAGCUCAUGGUUAAUUAGCUGAAGUCUUCUUCUAAAUGUGCUUAAAUGGAGGUAUAAGCACAGGAGGUUUUGUUGGAGCAAUAAGAGUAUACUUUAUUUAUUAAUUUUUAGCUCUUAAUAGGAUAUGCCAUCUUCUCUUUAGUAACUUUUGGAGUGUUGAUGAUGAUGGAUGUGAUGGAGUGCUUUCUUCAUGCAUUGCGUCUUCAUUGGGUUGAAUUCCAGAAUAAAUUCUUCAAAGCAGAUGGAUACGCAUUUGAAAAAUGUUCAUUUGCAAAAGUAAUGUAAGAAAAUGCAGCACCUAAAGAAGAAUGAUA